CUUCUAAUGCUUGUUUCAAUUUGUACCACUUCUUUCUCACCUUCCCUCAUCCUUCUAUCUCAAUUGGCCAACUUUCAUAUUAUAUUACACACCUCAUUGAUAUUUUGUUUUAUCUUUAAACUUGUUACUUAGAAGCUCCUCUGCUCCAAUUCAAAGUUCACUAUUACUAUAUAAAUUCAAAGAGUCCUCUCUUGAGCCAGAACACACUCUUAAGCUUCCUAGAACAAUAUCAUUUUUAAGUCUAAGCCAAAACAAGACUAAGAUAGACCUUAAAAACUCUUCAAGUUCUAAGAAAAUAAUUUCCUUAGAAAGAAAUGAAGUGAAAGAGGGUAAGAUGGUGAGAACUUCAAUGAUGGAUGGUGGGAUGAAGAACAAUGGUGGAUGUAAAGGUGGUGGAAGAGGAUCAGAUGGUGGAAAUGGAAAAGGUUGGAAUCUCAAUGAAGAAAAUAAUCAUGGUAGAGAUAAGAUAGAUUUUUACUAUCAAAACAUGAUUGAAACACACCCUUGUGAUGCUCUUUUGCUUGCAAAUUAUGCUAAGUUUUUGAAGGAGGUUUGUGGAGAUUAUUAUUCUAAAGCAAAGGAGUACCUAGAAAGGGCAAUUAUGGCAAAUCCUGGUGAUGGUCAUAUUUUGUCCAUCUAUGCAAAUUUAAUAUGGCAAAUUGAGAAGAAUGCUGCUCGAACUCAACAAUAUUUUGAUCAAGCUAUUCAAAAUGACCCAAAUGAUUGCCAUGUACUUGCUUCAUAUGCAAAGUUCCUUUGGGAUGGUGAAAAUGAAGAAGAUAAAGACUAUCAAAUUGAAUCUGAUCAGAGCCAUCACUUUCAAGAAACUAAGCAUUUCCCUCAUUUAACAGCAGCUUCAUAAGCCUUAACGGUUUUCUCUAUUAAGUGAUGGUGGCUAUAUGUUGAUAAAUUGCAUGACAAAUGAAGCAUGUUGUUUCAAAGAGUUAUAGGGAUUUUGUCU